AUUUCCUCCAAUGACGUGUGUGUGAAUAGAUCUGAGAGUUAUGCAAUAAUGGAGAGUCUAACAGUAACGGCUGAGGAUCUUCCAACCCUCGGAGGAAUCGCAACGGUGUCGCUUUUGCAUUCUUUCAUUCCCACCCAUUGGCUUCCCUUCUCCGUCGUCGCUCGUGUCCAGAAAUGGACUCUCUCCAGAACUCUUCUCGUUACUGCAUUAGGAGCAAUUUUGCAUGUAAUAUCCACUGCACUUCUUGGUAUAACUGCAAUUACCAUGGCAAACACCAUCGCCGGUGAAGAAACAGUUCAUAAGAUUGCGUCACUUUUGCUAGUGUUUCUUGGUGGUAGUUAUAUUCUGUUGUUUUUGACUGGAAAGGGUGGCCACAGUCAUUCACACAAUCAACCCAUGGAGAAAAUGGCUGUUGCUGGCCUUGUUCUUGUUCCUGCAUUGUCUCCUUGUGCCACAACACUUCCGGUAUUUCUUGCUGUUGGAAAUUCAUCUUCCAUGAUGGUGCUCGCCAUCAUAGUGCUACUAUUCAGUACAAUAACUGUAAUGACUUCACUGGUAGCAUUAUCAUUCUAUGGAGCCAGUCAGCUGAAGUUUCACUGGAUAGAGCGGUAUGACAAACUCCUUGUUGGUUCAGUGCUGUGUUUGGUUGGGGUUUUGACUCUAAUUUUUCAUGACCAUGAUGGAGAAUUAAGUUCUAAAGGAAAGCAUUCACAUAUGAAGAUUAUUUCCCUAUGAGAUUUAUAAAUGCAUGUCCUGAAAUCAUUUUUGUGCAUCAGACAACAAUAUUGCUUUAUGAAGAUCGAUAUGGUUAAAGUGGAUAUC